UUAAAAUUCAAUUAUGUUACUUUUUUUCUACUAAAUUCCAUUAACAAACAAACAAACCCGUGACUCUCUCGUUUUCCUUUCUCGUGAUUACCUGAAAGCAAUAUCCAAUUAAUCACAUAAUUCACAUUCUCAAUAUUAACUACAAAUUCCCUCUACAAAUACCCAUGGCCACCAAACGGCCUCAAAAGAAACCCAAAUCCAAAUAUCUCCUCCUUCUCCUCAUGGGUUCUCUUCUUCUCACCCUCUCUCUCUUCUCUCUAUUUAUCUUCUUCUCCCUUUCCUCUGCCUCACACCGCAAACACUUCCCAAAACCCAUCCAAUCCCCGCAAGACAUCCCGCAAAUCGCCCUCGCCUGCAAGGCUACACGUGACCCCGUCACGUGCCAAUCUUCCCUCUCGCAAUCUAACCAAGUCCCCACCAACCCCACGCCAUCACAAAUAAUCCAAGCCGCCGUGUGGGUUUCCUCCGAGAACCUCAAAACCGCCGUUGUUAAAGUUCAGUCCAUCCUGGACUCGUCCGCAGACAAUCAGAACCGUUCCAAUGCGGCGAAGAAUUGUUUAGAGCUGCUCGGGUAUUCGGGGCACCGGGCCCAAUCAGCAUACGACGCGCUGCCACUUGGCAAAAUUAAGGACGCGCGUGCGUGGUAUAGUGCUUCUUUGACAUACCAGUACGACUCCUGGUCGGCGUUGAAGUACGUUAACGACACGAAGUUAGUGGGCGAAACAAUGUCGUUCUUGAACUCAUUGAUACGUUUGACGAGUAACGCGUUGAGCAUGAUGAUGUCGUUCGAUAACUUCGGGGACGAUUUCAACACGUGGCGGGCACCCGAGACAGAGCGGACCGGCUUCUGGGAGAAGGACGGGGCGGGCGCGGUCCAGCCGGGGUUUAAAGGUGGGUUUCCGUGGAAUUUAACGGUGGACGUGACGGUGUGUAAGGAUGGGAGCUGUAACUACAAGACGGUUCAGGACGCCGUUAACGCCGCGCCGGAUAAUGUGAUGACACGUAAGUUCGUUAUUAACAUAAAGGCGGGAGUUUACGAGGAGAUCGUCAGGGUGGCUUUCAGGAAAAAGAAUGUUGUGUUCUUAGGAGACGGCAUGGGUAAAACGGUAAUUUCGGGAUCUUUGAAUACGGGCCUGAUGGGAAUUACGACAUUUAAUACUGCGACUGUUGGAGUUCUUGGUGAUGGGUUUAUGGCCAGUGGCGUCACAUUCCAGAACAUAGCAGGUCCAAAUUCUCACCAAGCAGUUGCAUUCAGAUCGGACAGUGAUCUAUCCAUUGUUGAGAACUGUGAAUUCCUGGGCAAUCAAGACACUCUCUAUGCUCACUCCCUCCGCCAAUUCUACAAAAAUUGUCGAAUCCAGGGCAAUGUGGACUUCAUUUUCGGAAAUUCUCCUGCAUUUUUCCAGGAUUGUCACAUCUUAGUUGCUCCGAGACAAGUCAAACCAGAAAAAGGCGAGACCAAUGCCGUGACAGCUCAUGGCAGAACUGACCCUGCUCAAUCAACAGGUUUCGUUUUCCAGAACUGUCUGAUCAAUGGCACCGAAGAUUACAUGAGGCUUUUUCUCAGUAAGCCUAAAGUGCACAGGACUUACCUUGGACGACCAUGGAAAGAAUUCUCAAGGACAGUUUUCAUUCACUGUACCUUAGAAGCACUUAUACAACCAGCUGGCUGGUUACCUUGGAAUGGAAACUUUGCUCUGCAAACACUAUACUAUGGAGAGUUUGAGAAUUCUGGACCCGGAUCCAAUACUUCUAAAAGAGUUCCAUGGAGUAGCCAGAUUCCUGCGGAGCAUGUCAAUACAUAUUCUGUACAGAAUUUUAUUCAAGGGAAUGAAUGGAUUUCAGCAUCUUCUUGAUUUUCAGAAGUCGUUUAAUCUGCCAGAUUUUUGUUUGUAGAUCCAUGAUUUGGCUGAAACGAGGGGAAAAUUUCGAAUGUAAAUCCCUUGGGACCUACAAUGUGUAAUGAAUUCUGUAAAACAUUAUCAUGGGAUUGAACUUUCCUUAUAUCUAGGGGCCAAAUGCUAUUUUCAA